UAAGGCUGGGUUGCACCAACAUGGAUUAAAUUAAUCCUGGUUUAGGGUUAAUCUAGGGUUAGUAAAUCUAGGUUUAAACUGGUUUAUAAUUAAUCCGAGAUGCGUUGCACAUCUUAGUUUUAACUCUGGAUUAGUUAACCUAGUUUAAACAAGGAUUAAAAUAGGAUUAGUUUGUGUUCAGUCUGCCAUGAUGGAUCCCGGCGGAAUGUGAACAAAUUGCACAAUAUAAUCCACAAUUUUAUAUCUUUUUUCUAUCCUACAUCGUGAAAAAAAACAACUGUUCACGAGAGAGGGCUCGUGAAUAUAUUCACGAGCUCACUUUUUGAAUAAAGUUAACCGUUAAUUUACCUUAACUGUUACAGUUGACACUGACAGUGAACAUAAGUAGCUACAUUUAUUAAGAGAUGGCACGUCAACGAGGAUCAAACUUUUCCACAUUUGAAAAGAUGUUGCUGUCGGAAUUGAUGGAGGACUUUGGUAUUAUAAUUGAGGAUAAAAAGACUGACAGCGUUACCCUGGAAAAAAAGGAGGAGACCUGGGUCAUGUUAGCGGAGCGCUUCAAUGGCUCAACUGGCAUUAAGGAGGCGAGGGACAAGUCACAACUGAAAGCCUGCUGGAAGAACUUAAAGGCAAAGGCAAAAAAGGAUGCGGCAGAAGAGAGGAGGGGGAUGUUUAAAACUGGCGGAGGACCACCACCAAUGAUUACGGACCCUCUAUCGAAAAAAAUCAUUAAUAUGAUCCCGCAGCAGAUUUCCCCCCUCCCUAACCCAUACGACGAUGACGGCGCAUUAGAGAGGAAUGCAGCGACAGAAAUCGAAACUGAGACUUUCAUUGUGCUCGACCUGAUUGAGCCACUGGAGCCGGAUGAUGGAAACCUGAGAGAAGAAGCAGCAUCACCAGUGAAUGCCCCUGCUGAAAAGCGCUCUAAGCUUGGCUGUCACCGGGAACUUCUGAGAUUGGAGACAGAAAGAUGCAUGCUUGACAUCGAAAAUGCCCAUUUUGCUUCAGAAAGAGAACCCGCAGGAACGAUUAGUCAGUCGACGUGUGGCUCGGAGGCUCCCAAGGAGUGCCGCAAUCCUACGUCUGCUAUAGGGGAAUUUUGA